AUGCUUAAAUCGUCGUUUUUUACACUCCACACUUGUAUGCACAUGUCAAUUUACGUUGCCAAUGCCAACUACGGAGUGUUACAGAUUAUGCCUAAACGAGGACGGACUGGAUGCUUGACUUGUCGCCGACGGCAUCUGAAAUGCGAUGAGGAGAAGCCGGUAUGCGGACGGUGCAGACGGACUGCCAGGGAGUGCAUUCCAGACGACUUGUUAACCUUCCGGGAUUCUCAAAAAGUCGCUGCGAGAGCUCAGCUCAGAAGCAAUGGCAGCGCAACCGCUGCAUUACCGCGCGACGACGCCGAUAACUUCCAGGACGAGCCAGAAAACGACCGCAUCUUCGCCGAAGACCAUCAGUGGCUGGCGACGCCAUCAAAGCUCUCCUUUGUAGAUGAAACCUCAAUAGUGACUGCCGAAUAUCGCCACCAGCACACGCUCUCUGAUGUGAGAAGCCUGUCUGGAUGCCCUCCCCACCGAGAUCAUUUGUCUCCAGUCUCCACUCCAGUAGCUCAACAGUCAUUGUCAACGCAAGUCAGCAGUUCCCAUCCUGCUGCAGUCCAGCAUAAUACUACUAGUCCUGGCGCAAACAAUGCUAGCUUCCCCAGACGAGACGGCUCCUUCUCUGUCCCCGGGCUAGGUCUGGGAGGACUUGGCCUUCCUACAACGGCCGCAUCGUCCCCGUGUUACCUGCAUAUGACCUCUCCCCACCAGACAAGUUCCAGCGCUCCACUACAUGGCAGCGACCAAGUCCACGUGGCAAAUCAGUCCGGUCGUCUUUCCCAUGUCUCGCCGGAAAUGCUCAGUAGCCCCGAAGCACUGCAUCGUAAAGUGGGUCUACUACUGUAUGAGGAUCGCAUGUUAUUGCCUUUCAAGGUGCCGCAAGAGGCAUUACUCUUUCAUCACUAUAUGGAAGCUUUGGCUGCCUUCCUAGAUAUCACCGACAUACAGCGCCACUUCGCUGUCGACGUGCCAGAAUUGGCACUCAGCUGCCCCGUCCUGCUCAAUGCUCUAAUGGCCUUCUCCGCUCGCCAUCUGAGCCGAACUACGGAUUUUGACUCGGCCGUAGCCGAUCAUUACCAUCACGAAUGUGUCUCUCUGAUUAUCCCGAUGCUGGAUCAGAAAUAUCUGGUGGCAGACGAGACCCUCUUUGCCGCAGCAGUCAUCCUCCGAGCGUUCGAGGAGACCAAUGAGUCGCAAAUGGGCACCGAGCCCGAACACCACCUCACUGGAACAUCUGUCUUCGCAAAUGCCCAGUUGGAAUUCCGCACCUGGGGUGGCUUGGGUCACGCGGCUUUUUGGUUGUUUGUGCGACAAGACAUCUAUAUGUCUGUAUUGAUCCAAAGACCUCUCAAAGUGGAUCUUGCCGGAUGGGAAGAUCGUCUGUCCUUCGAUCUAGGAUUCAAUGCCACCACGGACUGCACGUGGGCCAAUCGGAUGACUUGGAUUGUGGCCGAAAUUGUCAGUUUUUGCUUUGGCGAUCGUUUAAGCUACGUCAACUGGGAGGCUGCACGCGCCAAAACAGAGCGCUGGAACCUUACCCGACCCCCGUCAUUUGAUCCCAUUUUGUACAUCGAACGCGAUGAAGACGCGGGAAAAUAUUUCCCAGAAAUUCGACUAGGGCACCCCUGGCACGUAACAGGAAAUCAGUACUACUACAUCGCAAAGCUGUUUCUCGCCAUUUACAACCCAGUCGUACCUCGAAUCGGUUUGGGUUACCAGCGCCAUCGCAAAAGUAUCUCAGAUGAAGUACUUCGAAACGCUGAAGCCGUGUGUGGCAUUGCGUCUGCCACUUCUCUCGUUGCGGCACGCUUGACUGCUCGCACGGCGAUUAUUGCCUGUGGGCCGUGGUUCCAUGACCGUCCCCGGGCAGAACAAGAACUAUUGUUGCAGUUGCUUAAAAGGACUGAAAUGGAGAGCGCUUUGCCCACGGAAUCGCUGAUUCAGGGGUUGAUGGUAGAAUGGGGGUGGUAA